AUGUGUGAGGUUAUUGCAGAGACCCCUGCCGAUGACGAGCGCCGCAUAGGCGAUUACAUCAUGCUCGGCGUCAUCGGCAGGGGCUCGUUUGCGGAGGUGAGGCUGGCCUGGCAUGUGCCCACAGCCACAGAAGUGGCUGUGAAAAUUGUGGCCACGAAGGGCCACAGUUACUUCAAGGAAGUGAGGUGCCUAAAGAACCUCAACCACCCAAACAUCGUUAGGCUGUAUGAGGUCAUCACCACAGAGCACAGAGCCUACCUGUUCCUGGAAUACCUUGGCGGAGGAGAGUUGCUCAGGUACCUGGAAGAGCGUGGCCCGGUGUGCGAGAAGGGGGCCCAAGCCCUGUUCCGCCAGCUCCUUUCCGCAGUGGAGUACUGCCACAGGAAGGGGAUCGUCCACCUAGACCUGAAGCCGGAUAACAUCCUGAUAGAUGAAGACCUGAAUAUCAAGGUCAGCGAUUUUGGCUUCAGCGAGCAAUAUUCAGAAGCAAAGUUGACCACCUUUUGUGGCACCGUCCCGUACAUGGCCCCCGAGAUCCUGAAGCUCCAGCCCUAUGAGGGCCCGAAAGCAGACGUGUGGAGCAUGGGGGUCAUCCUGUACCGAAUACUAACGGGGGAACUGCCCUUUGUGGGAAAGUCUUUUGAAGAACAGAAGAGAAACAUCAUUAGUGGGGUGUUCUUCGUUCCUUCCUUCCUCUCCCCAGAAUCAAAAACCCUUCUGGGGAAAUUGUUAACAUUGGAACCCAGCCAAAGACCAGCGUUGGCCCAGGUGAUGGAUGACUACUGGGUGAACGUCGGUGAGGAAGAACUAAGGCCGUACUCCGAGCCGCCCUGGGGUGAGGUGGACCCCCAGGUAGCCCUGAUCAUGGACACCCUGGGCCAUGACCUGCGGGAGGUACAGGAUGCUGUGACCAGAAAGACCUGUGACAGAAUAAUGGCCACCUACAUCAUCUUAGCCAGCAGGAAAAGCGCAAGAAAGGGGCGCACCAUCAGGGCCAGGCCCUGCCCCUCCUCCCGCAGCAGCGGCAGUGUGUCAUCAACGCAGGGCAUUCAGGGCUCAGGGCAGACGGGCAGAGACCCUGCGUCUGCAACACCUAGCCUGGAAUCUAGGGUGCCCUCUGAAACAUCUCUCCUACAUUCCAGGAUGGGCACUGCAUCAUCCAGGCUGGAGUCCAGGGUGCCCCCUGCACAUUCCAGGCUGGAAUCCAGGGUGCCCAGUCCACCAUGCAUCCUGGAUUCCAGGGCACCCAGACCACCAUCCAGCCUGGGUUGCAGGGGCCCCGCUCCAAGAUCCAGCCUGGAAGCAGGGACGCCCGUCUUCCCCACCAGCAUGCUGUCCAAACUGACCAGCCACAUGGCCAGCAUGCUGGCGAGGGCAGUCAUCCCCCCUGCUAGCAUGAGGGCCAGGGCUACCAUCCACCCGGCCCCCGAGCAGGGGAGUGGGACCAGCCACCCAAGCAGCAUGCAGGGCAGGGCUCCGAUCGACCCUGCCCGCGUGAGGGCCCGAGCUACCAUCUGGCCGGCCAGCGAGCAGGGAAGGGCUCCGAUCGACCCUGCUCGCACGGGGGCCAGAGCUACCAUCCAGCCGGCCAGCGAGCAGGGAAGGGCUCCUCCGAUCGACCCUGCCCGCGUGAGGGCCCGAGCUACCAUCCGGCCGGCCAGCAAGCAAGGAAGGCCUCCGAUCGACCCUGCUCGCACGGGGGCCAGAGCUACCAUCCAGCCGGCCAGCGAGCAGGGUUGGGCAACCACCCACCCUGCCCGCAUGAGCGCCAGGGCUACCAUCCACCCGGCCCCCGAGCAGGGGACAAGGACCAGCCACACAAGCAGCAUGCGGGCCAGGGCGACCACCUACCCUGGCAGCAUGGAGGCGAGGGCCAACACUCCCCCUGCCCUUCUGGAACCGAGGGUCACCACUCCGCCAGGCGGCGUGGAAUCGGGGGCCAUGGGUCCCCAACCCAGGGUAGAUUCAAAUACCACCACCCCGGGCCCGGCUCCACAGCAUGGCACCGGUGGAGCCCUAGCCGCACAGCCUGAAGACGGAAAAUCACCCUCUUCCUCUGGCCACAGACAAAGAAGGCACAGGGUGGGUAGGAGCAUCUUAAAUUUUUUCCAAAAACUGAUAUGCUGCGUGCCAUUUGCGAAAGAAGAACAUUGGAAACGGACAAAAGUAAAACCAGCGUAA